AGCAACAUUUAUAUUGUCUAAUAAGAUCUACAAAGCACUUUUACAUACACAAAAUAUGCAAAACUUAUUGGUCAUUAUCAGAUGGGGUGAUCAAGAAAGACUACAUGUAGAAGAUGUUUUAAAUUGUGCCUUAAAGAAAACUAAAGAUUAAGACAAUUCCAAUAGAUUUGGAAUAGAAAAUGCCAUUCACAUCCAAGUGGGAGAACUAUGGAAACUGAAUGCAGAUAGGAUUGAACAAUACUAUUUCCACCUUUUUUGUUUGCUUUUCCUUUCUCGUGUUUCCCCUCCUUUGUUUUGUUUUUCUUUCACAACAUGACUAAUAUACAAGUAUAUUUCAAAUGACUGUACAUGCAUAACAUCAGAUUAUUUGUCUUCGGGAGGGAGAAAAAAAUGGAACUCACAAUCUUAAAAAAAUGAAUGCUGAAAACUAUCUUUACAUGUAAUUGGAAAAAUAAAAUAUUAAAAAAAAUUGAAAGAAAAGGCUUUAUAAAGGUGAGGAGUGUACAAUGUGUGUAGGGAUAAGAAUUAAGAAAGAUCUGUUCCCUCAAAGGCAUACAAUCCAACAUUUAAGAAAGAUGGCUAAAUAUGCAGUCAAAGAGGGUAUAGGUUAAAAUUAUUUUUUGGCCACAAAUCCCUAAUGUGAUUCUGAUGAGUUGAAUUUUAAACAUGGGUUGAAUUAGCUGGUCUCAUAAAAACAUUUCUAAAGUGCUGGGCUACCUCAGUUGAGUGUCCUGGGAUGCCGCACAUAAACACCGGAACCAUUUGUCAAAAACAUAGUGGCUCUUCAAGAUAUCACAACAGGGGGGCUUAAUCGAACCCUACAUCCCACCCAGCUGCCAGGCUCUUCCUGGCCACGCCCUCUUGCGCCAAAUUCGGGCGCUAAAUCCCAACCAAUGAAGAUACGCGUGCAACACGAAUGGGCUGCAAGAGGAAGAGCUAACAGCCAAUGAGAGAACGAGAUUAUGUUCCAGGAAGUGAAUGCCUCUGCUAGAAAGGAAGCUAAUGCGUGAGACCUCAUCUCGAGGUUACAAGAAUUUGACCAAUUAGAAAAAAUCAGAAGUCACGUGCUGUGGGAGCUGGAUAAAGCAACUAAUCAGAGAAAGACUUUCUUGAACACAUGCCGAGGAUAGGAGCGAAAUCAGGAGGGCACCUCCUGGCCCAGAAGUAGCGUGAUGGCCUGUGUCACCAAUGGCCAGCUGGUUCUUUAGUCACGUAAAACUUCCGCAGGGACCUUCAGAUCACGUGGUAGAGGCUGUCAGCGAACAGACACCAAUGAGCGGGGACGAUGGUUAUCUUGGGACGAAGGGAAAGGUCCGUCUGUACCAAUGAGAUCCUGGUGAACUUGCUGAUUUCACCAUCACGUGCAGCGGCUGGACGGAAAGGGGCGUCCACCAGGGAGGGAAGCUGGGUGGGAGCUUGAGGGCUGGGCGCGUGGGGCGCAGGCGCCUUGGGGACCCGGUGGCGGCGGCGGCAGCGGCGGAGGGAGCCGGGUCCCGAACCGAAGCGGGCGGCGACAGCCAUGGCGGCGGACGGAGAGCGCUCCCCGCUCCUCUCCGAGCCCAACGAUGGCGGUGCCAGCGGCAACGGGCUGGUGGGGCCCGGCGGGGGCGGGGUCGGCGCCGGGGGAGGCCUGGUUCCCUCUGCGCCGCCGUACGGAUCCGGGAAACAUGCCCCGCCUCAGGCGUUCCCUCCAUUUCAAGAGGGCCACCCGGCUGUGUUGCCCGGGGAGGACCCACCACCAUAUUCACCCCUGGCCAGUCCCGACAGUGGCAGUGCCCCUAUGAUCAUAUGCCGAGUUUGCAAUUCUCCCAUCAAUGUGGAAGGCAAGAUGCACCAACAUGUUGUUAAGUGUGGUGACUGCAACGAAGCCACACCAAUCAAGAAUGCUCCACCUGGGAAGAAGUAUGUUCGGUGCCCUUGUAACUGUCUCCUCAUCUGCAAAGUGACUUCCCAGCGGAUUGCCUGCCCUCGGCCCACCUGUAAAAGAAUCAUCAACCUGGGUCCAGUACACCCAGGACCUCUGAGUCCAGAACCACAGCCUGCAGGUGUCAGCGUCAAUUGUGGCCAUUGCAAGAAUACCUUUCUGUGGUCAGAGUUUACAGGUCGAACCUUGGCACGCUGCCCCCACUGCAAGAAAGUCUCUUCCAUUGGGAGAAGAUAUCCCAGGAAAAGAUGCAUUUGCUGUUUCCUCCUUGGGUUACUAUUGGCUGUUACUGCCACAGGCUUAGCAUUUGGCACAUGGAAGCAUGCCCGACAGUAUGGGGGUAUCUAUGCAGCUUGGGCCUUUGUCAUCCUGCUGGCUGUGCUCUGUCUAGGCCGGGCUCUUUACUGGGCCUGUAUGAAGGUCAGCCACCCUGUCCAGAACUAUUCUUGAGCCCUAAGAUGAUCCACUAACUGUGCCUGGCCCCUCUCUAGCAGGGACAGUGACAUUACAGAGGGAAAUGGGAAUGUCCCCUCGGCUUCCAUAAGAGGAGCCAGGCUGUUGCCCUCCUCUUCUAUAGGGGGAAAAAAUGGGAAAGACCUGGGCCCUCAAAGAUAAACAAGAUUGGAAGGGUAGGUGGGCCAGUGCUGGCUGUUUAGUCCCUUCUGAGGGCUGCCUGUGCUUGGGGUGGAGUGAGAGAUAAAGUAUCUUUUCUCUAACUUCUGGAAAAUGGUUAUAGCUCUUUUUCCUUCCUCCAUCCUCUCCUAAGAGGCCAUUCCUGUCCCUCAAACAUUCCAGGGCAGGGUAGGGGUAGGCAGCCCUGGGAGUUCCCCUCCCUUUUGCACCCCCAGGACCUUGCUGCUGCUAUUGCACUUCACCAGGGGGUAACUCUAAUUUGGCCGCCCUCUUGGCCUCCUUUUCCCACCCCUUUCCAUGCCCUGUGGGGGUGGGGUCAGCCGCUGCUCUGUACAGUACCAUGGGAAAACUGAUGUAUAUAUUUAUUUAAUGUGGGGUAUGUUCCCCAACCUGUGUUCCCUCUCCCCAAAUCUUUCCUCUCUUACCGGCUGUGGCCGGUUUGUCUGUCUAUGGGGAUCAGGGGCUCAUCCUGUGCUUGUAAAUAAAUGAAGUUGUGAUUACCUUA